AUGGCUAUUUCCCUGUGGGGCAGUGGGGUCCCCCAAGGUUCGGUGCUUGGUCCCAUGCUGUUCCUCGGAUACAUCAAUGAUAUGGUCCGUAGUCUGCACUCACCGCUCUGCUGGUUGACCAAAUACGUCAAAAUCGUAGGCCAUCCAGAUGUGUCACAAUUGCAAGAGGAUCUGAACAAGAUCCAGGAGUCGACAGUUUAA